AUGUCGGUGAACGGCGGUUGGUCUACCUGGACAACGUGGUCGGCGUGCAGUGCAGUUUGUGGGAGGGGCUGGCAGAGGAGGAGCCGCAGCUGCACCAAUCCCACGCCGCUGAACGGGGGCUUGGCCUGCGACGGACAGAAUGUCCAGAAAAGCGCCUGCACAGCCACCUGCCCAGUAGAUGGAGGUUGGAGUGAUUGGUCUAAUUGGUCUGAGUGCGGAGUGGACUGUUCCAUGUGGCGCAGUAGAGAGUGUACCCAGCCCUCGCCUGGCACCGGGGGCAAAGACUGCCAGGGCAUCGACCUCCAAUCACUCAACUGUACCAGCCAACAGUGUCUACAGACUGCCAAUGGAGUUGAGGAUGUAGCCCUUUAUGUGGGUAUUGUAGCCGUAGCUCUCUGUCUGACCCUCAUACUCAUCGUGGUGGUCCUGGUCUACCGCCGUAAGAAGGAAGGUCUGGACGCUGACGUAGCGGACUCGUCCAUCUUGACCACGGGCUUCCAGCCCAUGGGCAUCAAGCCUAGCAAGCCAGGUGUGUGGAUCCCUCGGCACCGGGCCCCCCACCCCCCCGGCCCCCGCCCCGGCCCUUGUCCUCGCAGCAAGAACUCCCAUCUGCUUACCAUCCAGCCUGACCUCACCACCACCACUACCAGCUACCAAGGAACCCUGCGUUCACGUCACGACGGCACCGCUAAGUUCUCAAUGACCAACGGUCCGCUCCUGGACCCCUUACCCAACGGGUCGCACCACACCUUACACAACGGGAAGAUAACCUCUGACCCUGCUGAGUUUAUGACUCGGCUGUCCAAUCAGACGUACUUCAAGACGUUGCCGCGGGACGUGGCUAACACCUCGUAUGGGACAUUCAACUUCCUGGGGGGUAGACUCACCAUCCCCAACACAGGCAUCAGCCUGCUGAUCCCUCCAGAGGCCAUCCCCAGGGGAAAGAUCUAUGAGAUAUAUCUCACCGCUCAGAGGAAGGAAGAUUUAAGGUUACCCCUGGCGGGCUGCCAGACCCUGCUGAGUCCCAUAGUGAGCUGUGGUCCCCCGGGGGUGGUUCUGACGCGGCCCACAAUUCUCAGCAUGGACCAUUGUUCUGACGCCUGUCCUGAGAACUGGGCCAUCAGGCUGAAGAAACAGAACUACGAAGGUGUCUGGGAGGACGUCUUAAUGAUGGGAGAGGAGUUGAUCUCAGAGCCGUAUUACUGUCAGUUGGAGGCAGAGACGUGCAGAGUGUUCUCGGAGCAGUUGGGUCGUUUCUCUCUGGUGGGAGAAUCUCUAAACAUGGCCGCAGCUAAGCGUCUCCGCCUGGUGCUCUUCUCUGACGCAUACUGCUCUACCCUGGAGUAUAACAUCAGAGUCUACUGCAUGGAUGAUACACAAGAUGUCUUCAAGGAGGUGAUGCAGAUGGAGAGACAGCUAGGGGGUCGUCUGAUUGAUGAGCCCCAUGUCCUGCUGUUUAAAGACAGCUACCACAACCUGCGCCUCUCCAUCCACGACAUGCCCCAGGCACACUGGAGGAGCAAACUACUGGCCGGGUACCAGGAGAUCCCGUUCUACCACAUCUGGAACGGUUCCCAGCGGUUCCUCCACUGUACCUUCACCCUGGAGCGGCUCAACCUCAGUACCUGUGAGCUCACCUGUCAGCUGUGUGUCUGGCAGGUAGAGGGGGAGGGACAGAGUUUCAGCCUCGACUUCAACAUCGCCAAGGACAGUCGGCCCCUGGACCCGGAGUUCCUGCUGAUGGACAAUAACCUGAAUGGUACGGCUCUAGCAGGACCCAGUGCUUUCCAGAUCCCCUAUCUCAUCAGGCAGAAGAUCUGCAGCAGCCUGGAUACACCUUGUCCCAACGGGGCCGAUUGGAGACUGUUGGCCCAGAGACUCAAACUGGACAG